AGGAAGAAGGUAUCAAAAAGAAAGAUGUUGGUUUUCUAUUUGAUCUCGUUGCCUUUAACAUUGGGGAUGGUCAUUCUCACUUCGAGAUAUUUCGCGGGUCCUUCUGUUCCUAUUUACGUAUUUCUAACCGUUGGAUAUACCUGGUUUUGUUCUUUCUCGAUCAUCAUCCUUGUCCCCGCCGAUAUUUGGACGACAAUGGUGGGUCAUUCCAGCAGUGAGACAUCUCUAUUCUGGAGCUUGAGUUAUUGGAGUACAUUUCUGCUAACAUGGAUUGUGGUGCCUACUAUUCAGGGUUAUGAAGAUGCUGGAGAUUUCACCGUGGCAGAAAGAUUGAAGACUAGCAUACAUGCAAACUUAGUUUUCUACCUCUGCGUUGGUUCUCUUGGACUUGUUGGAGUCAUUUUAUUCAUUAUUUUCCGCAGAAAUUGGAGUGGAGGCAUUCUUGGUUUUGCAAUGGCUUGCCCCAAUACUUUUGGGCUUGUUACUGGGGACUUUCUUCUUGGCUUUGGUCUUAUUGAAAUCCCAAAGGGCAUCUUGGUUUCUACUUAA